AUGUGGACGAUGGGUCUUGUCAUGUCGGUUGUUGGUAGUGUCGUUCUCAUAGCAACGAAGAGUCGGAAGGACCUCCGCAUCAGUGCAGCUCCCCUGUGGAAAACUGGGAAAAAUGAGAUCGGUUCUUCUGGUAACUUCUUCACUGACAUCGUCGACGACUGGAAGAACAAUGAGGAGGAAACUUUCAAGAAGUUUGACGUAGAUAGGAAUGGUCUUCUGUAUAGAAGCGAGUUUGAUGAAUUGGUGGCAAGCCUCCUCACAGACCCUUACGGAUCUCCUUACCAGCUAUCUGAAGAGCAGAAAGAGGAAUUGUUUUGCCAUGCUGACCCAAAAAUGAUUUGCUCUCCAGUGACAAAGAAAACGUUUCGUUUGCUCUGGAAAAACUGGAUCAGAAAGAUACCCUUUGAUGUGGUCGUAUACACUCAUGACUGGCAUCCAGCGAACCACGUGUCCUUUGUUGACAAUGUUGCCCUCCGACCACUGCAUCCAAACUACACGAAAUCGCCGGAUGAGGUUCAAGUUUUGGACAUUGUUCACUUCGACGAUCAGUGGGGGACGGAACAGACAAUGUGGCCACGUCAUUGUGUGCAGCAAACAUGGGGAGCUAAACUGCAAGAAAACCUAGUCGUUGUUGAGAAUCCAGUGAAGAUAUACAAGGGCCAGAAUCCUGACGUGGACAGUUAUUCAGCCUUCUUUGAUAACAGCCGACGAGAUCACACAGAACUAGAAAUGGAACUUCGUAAACGCGGUGUCACAGACGUCUAUACUUCCGGAAUAGCCUACGACUACUGCGUCGGGUUUACUUCUCUCGACGCCCUUGACCUUGGCUUCCGCGUCACGCUAGUAGAAGAUGCAUCGCGCGGAGUAGUCGAUGACAGCAUAGCCGCCAUGAGAACCGCUCUGCUAGACAAGGGAGCUGCCAUCGUCAAUUCAACUAAGGUCGCUGACAUGGUCUCCGGACGUGAUAGAAACGCGCGCCUGGCACAAUAUCUGAUGAGAACUAUCAAAGUCUGAUAGAUAUUAUUCAUCCUAAAUGAACUGAUGUAUUCAGACUAAUCCCCAAGAUGUAAACAUAGAGCGCGUGUGUUCGCAGCAUCGGCGUAGUCCUACUCGCUUACAGUAAAAUACGCCCGGUUUUAAUUUCUCAUACUGAUGCAUGAGAACUAUAAUUUUUUGUUUCUUUUGAAAGAAACGAGUAAGUUUUUAUUUUUAUUGAUAAUGAAGUAGCUGCUGUCCACGCAGAAAGGGGUAUCUAUGCCCUAGAGAGUAAGGAUCUUAUUCUGUACAUAUGUAAUCUCCUACGCCAUACAUUACAUAUACAUAUUAGCAGAAGUAAAAUAGGAAGAUAACUUAUGAAAGAUAUCGAUUAUGUCACUGCUUAUCAUAGUUCUGUAGGAAAUAACUCUGCAAAAGAUCUACAGAUAUAUUAGGGCAGCAAAAAGUAAUAAUAUCGAAAAUAUUGAAUCUUUAUCUUAUUCUGUACAUUGCUGACGUAGCGCGCGUUACACGUUAUAGGACUAGUGCUGAAGUAUAUACUAUUCUCAUGCAUGUUGCCAUUGUUAAAGUGAUUGCAUCACCGUAAAUAGUAAAAUUGAAAAAUUGUGUCCAUUUUUUCACAAAA